AUGUUCAUAUCAGUACUUUUCAUUCGUGGAUUUCGUUCAGGAAGGUUCAUUUUUCUAAGCUGCUGGUCAUGGUUGAGAAGGUUCUUUUGGAGGAAAGAAAUCAAGAAAGAGAAGAAGGAAACGUUGAAAGUGCGCUCAACAGUUCAAUCUGUGUACAUGACAGAGGAUAUGACUGCUCCUAUUACUGCAACCUCCACUACAUCGGAAACACAGUUCGACACGGGACCUAUUGUCGCUGGUACUCCUGAGAAGAAAAAAAGGUUGGAAGGGAAAAUUUCACCGAGGAAGGGAGCAAGAUCACCAAAGCUAGGCAAAAAAGUGCUUGGACAGAAAGGAGAGAAGAAAGAUCCUAAAAAGGAUGCAACAACAGAGGCCAAAUCCACGACUCGGACAAAAGGAGCACAAGACACUGUGGAAGUUGAGCCGACAAUUUUAAAGCGACAAGAUAAAGUCUCUCAACAAGUCUCACCAAAAAAAACUCGUCAAAAAACAAAACUAAAAAGUCGACCAAUGGCCGAACACUCGUUAAUAGAACUUGCUGCAAAGGUGAAGAAACGAAAGGAGCCGAAAUCACGACCGUCAGAUAAACCGAAAAGCGUUGAUGAAGACCCAUUUCCACGCCCACAACCGGGAAAGAAAGGCAAGAAGAAGCGCACAAAGCUACCGAAGACCGAGGAAUUCGUUCCAAAAAUAGAUUCCGCUUGGUUGUUGCCUGAGGCGAACAUGUUUGGAUCCGGAGAAAAAUCUGUAGAGCUUGCACUACAACCAACUGCGAACACUUUACCGUAUACAGGAUUACCAAUAGUUCGUGGAAAUAACAAUAAUAACGGUGUGAUCAUUAUGGACGGACAACCGUUUUGGGUCACCAACAUUCCACCGGAUGACACUGACGAUGAACUCGUAAUGAAUGCUGCUGUUCUAAUAGAUGUGCUAGAGAAUCGCUUGAAAUUAGUGCCAAUGCCAGAUAUUGAGAUAGUACUGGACCCUAUGGAAGAAACAACAGCGCUAGCAGCUCGGGACAGUUCAUGCUACACUAAAGAAGUUAUUUUUGGCAACACGGUCCGCAGUAUGGUGAAUUUGAACGAAUUGUCAGUACGUACACUUUCGCUUAAAGGACGCAAAAAAUCCGUUGCCCAGGUAUAUCCAGACGACCUAAAACAGCUGGUUAUGCAAGAACCUACAGUUAUGAAUACGUACAAUCGAAAAACGUACAACCGUUCACAAACGACUCCUUUCACGAAAUCACCAAAACCACCCACAACACCUCCUUCGUGUACAGACGGACUAGAAGUAGCCGUACCUGUACCGAAAGGUCAAACUCACCCAAUACAAAUAUCGUCUGCUUUGAAGAAAUAA